GAGCAUGAGCAAGGAACGAGAAGUGAGCCAGCCGAUGAGUGUGCCGCUGCCCGCAAUCGAGUGUGUUGCUCAAAAUACGCCUCAUUCGACUGUGAAAAUGCGCGUUGGGCGUCGCUAGCCGAAUAACAUUGCUUUCCAAGUGCCGACGAGAUGGUGGAGCCGAUUUUCGACUACCAGUUUCGGCUGAUCCUGAUCGGCGACAGCACCGUGGGCAAGAGUUCCCUGCUCAAAUAUUUCACGGACGGCAAAUUCGCCGAGCUUUCGGAUCCGACGGUCGGUGUAGACUUUUUCGCAAGGCUGAUUGAAGUCAAAGAUGGCACGAGAAUAAAACUCCAGCUGUGGGACACCGCGGGACAGGAGAGAUUUAGAUCUAUAACCAAAUCGUACUACCGGAACUCGGUGGGAGCCCUGCUGGUGUACGACGUGUGCAACAGGGCGAGUUUUGAGCACAUUCCGGCCUGGAUGAUGGAGGCGAGGCGCCACAUUGAGCCGCACCAGCCCACCUUUCUCUUGGUUGGCUGCAAGGUGGAUUUGGUGCGCGGCGACAGCAGUCGAAAGAGACAGGUGCCCUUCGAGGAGGCCAAGGUCUUCGCCCGCGACCAGGGCAUCCCUUUCAUUGAGACCUCCGCCCGCAACGGGCUCAACGUCGAGAGGGCUUUUGAAAUUAUCACACAGGAUGUGUAUGACCGAGUACAAAGUGGUGAAUACAAAGUGGAGGAUGGCUGGGACGGCGUGAAAUCAGGCUACUCGCGGACAGCAUUCGACCCGACGCUGGUUGAAGCGGAGCCAGCCAAAAGUGGCUGUUGUUAGAGCUCUAGGAUUGGCUCGUCUGUGUCAAUGCAUCUCACUUACAUUGUAAAACAAUAUUGUAGGGUGACCAAACUAUGUUGCUACAGAACGUUUUUUAAUGCUAUGCAAGUCAAGACGCCUUAAUUACACCCACCACCAGUUUCCAGAUCACUCAAUAGUUCGCUGUUUCAACUAGUCCGUUUUUUAAUGUUGUGACUACUCACUCAAUCAGGACAUUUAACAUUUUACCAAUUUUUUUUCAUUUAGUGUACCAAUUGAGUUUCACUGUUCUUACAGUGACUCAUACCAAGUUCUUGGUGCGACUUGUAUCUUCCAGAAUCUGCUAGCAGUUUUUGUGAAAAAUGCUUUCUCGCUUUAGAAUGUAGCUGUAAUUCUGUGUACUGUGGAGAGAAAAAGGACGUUCUCGAGCUUAAUUCGACUGCUGGCUAAAAUGGGAAUGAUAAUGCGAAAUGUGCUUCAUUUUGUAAUUUUCCUUUAUUAGUUUUUGCGAACAGAAAGGUGACACAGAGCUACAGAUUUAUUUCGUAUUCAUAUCGAUUAAUAAAACUAAAUAUACCGUGACAUA